UGUAUCUUUCAACACUAGUAGGAACUUGGAACUAAAUUCCCACUCAACUGAGAAACCACGGAAAUUUUGAGAUUUCCCCGAGCAGAGUUUUGUUGGUUCAUCCAUGGCUCUGUUCCCAGUUCACAAGGCCUCCCUUUCUAAAUAUACAACCUCUCCUUAUCCCUUUAACUAUCACGUGUUCUUGAGCUUCAGAGGUGAAGACACCCGAAAGAACUUCACUGAUCACCUCCACGCGUCCCUUGUCAACGCCGGAUUUCGAACUUUCCGGGAUGGCGGACUCGAGAAAGGGAAAAAUAUCAAGGAAGAGCCUGAGAAUGCCAUUCGACAGUCACAAAGUUCUGUGAUUGUGUUUUCGAAAGACUACACCUCUUCCAAAUGGUGCCUCGACGAGCUUGACAUGAUCCUUGAACGCAAGAGGACCUCCAAUCAUUUCGUUUUACCAGUCUUCUACGACGUUGAUCCAUCCCAUCUGAGGAAGCAGACUGGAAGUGUUGCAAAAGCAUUUACUGAACACCAGAAAACUCAAUCGUUUAGUAAAGUGAGAAGAUGGAGGACAGCACUUAGAGAAGUUGCAGAUCUAGCAGGAAUGAAUUUACAAAAUGAAGCUGACGGGCACGAGUCAAAGUUUAUCCAAAAUAUUGUUAGAGUGAUUCAAGACAAACUAGGUCGUGUGCCCCUAAGCGAUGUCCAGAAGGAAUUAGAGGAUAAGUUGUUAUCUGUUAACCCUGUUCUUGAUGACGCCGAGGGGAAGCAACUGAAAUUCCAAACGACUGUGAAGCCAUGGCUCCAUAAGCUUAAAGAGGCUGUCUAUGAGGCUGAGGACCUGUUGCAGGAGAUCAAAACAGAAGCGUUGAGGCAAAAGAUAGAACACGAAUAUGGCAGUAGCACGAGAAAGGUACAAGAGCUCAUCUCUACUCCAUCUCAUGCUUUUGACUCAACUUUAAUAUACUCCAGGGUAGAGGAAGUUCUUGAAAGACUAGAAAACAUUUCGAAGCAGACAAAAGAUGUCCUGGAUUCGGAAGUAACCGCCAUGGACACAGAUUAUCACAAACACUACCGUCAACUUCUUUGGUAG